AUGAAAUCCAAGCGUAGUAAGCGAGCUAAGACCUUGUUGAAUGGAAGAGCAAACUCAAAGACGAUCCCUACUGAUCUCAUAAUCGAUAUACUGUCGAGACUGCCGAUGAAGUCCGUAGCUCGAUUUCGUUGCGUAUCGAAGCUCUGGGCCUCCAUAGUUGACCUUCCCUAUUUAAAAGAGUUCUUCACCACCCGAGCUUCAGCUCACCCGCAGCUAUUGUUCGUCUACAAAGAAAAACACAAGUUUGUAUUCCUCUCGUCACCUCAGCCUCAGAAUCUUGAUGAGAACUCGACUCCUGAAGCUGUCAAGCAUCUAUCGCGUAUCCCCUUUCGUGGUUCUUCCUGUUACGUUAGUGGUCAUGUCCAAGGCUUGGUUUGUCUUAAAUUUAUAAGUAAGCGGAUGUCACCAGUACAGAUAAUAUGUAACCCUAGCACAGGACAAGCUUUAACCUUACCGAAAAAGAGGAUGAGAAGAAGCUUUACUAGGGCGAGAAACAUUCUGGGGUAUGAUCCCAUUGAUAAUCAAUUUAAGGUAUUGUCCAUAACAAGGUACUCUACUCUUGAUCAGCAUCAAGUUCUGACUUUGGGAACUGGAGAACUUAAAUGGAGAACGAUCAAGUGUUCCACACCCCAGGAUUCUUUCCAACAGGGGAUAUGCAUCAAUGGUGUUUUGUAUUAUCCAGUUUGUACUCGAGGAAUAGAUAUGAUAGGUUGUUUUCACGUUAGGUCUGAGACGUUCAGUUUUAUUGAAGUGGAAACAACUUCAAUAGGAGCAGUCUUUGAGGGCACUCUGAUAAACUACAAUGGAAAAUUAAGUUCACUUAUCUCUGAUGCAGGGGAUCGCUUCGCUGAUGGAGAAAGUAGAAGUAUUAAGUUGCUUGUUAUAGGAAAUUUCGAAAAGCAGGAGUGGUCGAAGCAUGAAUAUGUGCUACCUCCUAUGUGGAAGAAUGUAGUUGGAAGAGCCGAUUUACGCUUGGUUGGAUUUGUUGGUACUAGUGAAGUUGUCUUCUCGCACCCUUCCCAGGUUAUUUACUACAAUAUCGAGACACAAGGUGUCGUAAAAGUUGCAAUCCAGGGAAUGGGAGCUUCCUCUAAGUGUAAGUUUGCCACCUUUGUAAACCAUAUGGAGGACCUCAAGUUUACGCACGCGUUUAAAUAA